AUGGUCACGCUACCGCCGAUUGGAAUCAUUUUGUACAAUCUUGGUCUGGACAACACUCAACACAAACACCUGCUCAUGAAACUUGACACCAACGGACGCCCUUCCCGCGACCUGCAUGACCUGCCUGGGCUUGCGCACAUGCUCAAUUUCCCUGACCUUGAUGGUGUACCAAACCUCCCGCGUAUACGUGGUCCUGAUCAUGUUCAAAACCUUCCUCGCUUACGUGACAUCCACGGUGACCAGUUGGACAAAUAUCGUAGGUCGUCGCAAGGCGCUUCUGAACGACAGGACCCGGAAGAAGUGCGACAAGCGUUGCACUCACCAACGCGUGUAUCGCAAGAGGACCAUAACAGGAAAAGGAAAGGAGACGACGUUGGAAGAUGGGUGCAAAUGACCUCACCAUCUGAGAUUGAAAGCAGUUCCCAAAGCUUACACUCUUUAACUCCUACCAAUUCCUCGUAUUCGCGUGAACGAUAUGAUGUAGAGGAAAAUUCCCCUCCGGCAGACGGUAGUUCGUCAGGCGCUUUUCAUUCUCCUAACGAUUCAUCGUAUGAUCUUGCCUUCGAUGACCAACGUAGGCUAUCGCCAGCAUAUAAGGGCUCACGUCCGCACCAACAACCACAGGACAAUCAGCAGCAGGUAGUCCAACGCAGUAGUUGGCAGACAAUGUUGCUUGAAGCGGGAGGAUUCAGUGUCGCGUGGAGUGAGGAAAGUAUGCGGAAGCUAAGAUAUGUUCUUCAAUGGCUACAAUACGCUACGAACCAUAUCGACCAGCAGAUCCUGGCAAUACGUGAUUUUACCGAGUCAUUACAGCAGCAUUAUUUCGAGGCUCCUGUUGAUCCCACGACACCCAUCAACAACCGAAUCUCUUCCGAACAAGCCUCCGUACAUUCUCCCUUCGUACAAGAAGGCCAUUCUCGCUCGUCUUCCGAGUCACAGUCUCAAGCCAUCUCCUCUGCGCAUAUGCACAAGCUGACUUCUAUGCGACGCGAUGUAAUACAGACCGUGCGUGAGGUUGUCAGUGUAGUGUCGAAAUAUGGUGGCAGUGCGGCGUUACCAGAACCUGCGCGCAAAGCCAUGAAAAGUUUCAUACUGAAACUGCCAAAAAAGGUAGGGGAAGCCAUGAAGAUGAGUGGCCCUUCCCCCGAGAUGCACGCUGGCAUGAGUCUCGCAGGAGGUAGCAAUAGCGGUACUGGAAUGGAGAGAGAUAGUGUGGCUGCCGCUGCGUCUGGACGGGCAAGAAGUGAUAGACGAACUGCAGCACGUAGGAGUGCAAGAGGCGAUCGUGGCCUUAUCGGAUCCUCGUCUGCUGCGCCUUCGCCAAUGUCGUCGAGAACAAACUCCCCUGCGGCUUCUCCGAGGAUGCACCCACGAGGACUGCAUUCUGCUACUUCCUCAGUCUCCGGCUUUCCAGACCAGCAGGAUCAAGGCAUAUCUGGCUCUAGACAUGGACCAAGUACGAUAAGUGCAGGUACUGCCGUCGUUGCCGCGCAACGAAUCCUGACCCUUGCCACCGAGAGUAUGGACAUGAUGCGGGGUGUCACUGGUGUAGUAAGAGAGAGCUUGGAAAGAGCUGAUGCCUGGGUCGAGAGGUUGAAAACGAUCGGCGUUCAGCGCGGAGAUGGAUCAUCUAAUCCUCAGGCUGACUCAGAUCGCCCAACAUCUUCGUCUUCAUCUUCACCCAUGGAAAUGGAUCGCGGUCGUACGAACCACGAUUUGGCCUCAAUGCCCUAUGUGUACCGUGACUCGGAAGAUUCCGCCCUUCUCUCUCCGCUCAGCCUCGCGGGAAGGAGUAGACGAGGAAGUUUCGGGAGUAGCACAGGAUUCGACCAGAGAGGUGGCAGCUUACCUGCUACCCCUGGAUUGACAAGCUAUCCGUCUGGUCCCUAUGUGCCUUCCCCCUUCCUCCAUAAUGGGCUUUCGAUGGAUGCCUCUGGCCCAGAGGUUGGUUUAGGCUUGAGGAGGAUGAGUAUCCGGGGUGACGAAGGAGACAUGGUUGAUGUAAAGAAGGAGGAGCAGGAAGUCGAGAUGGAUUUGGAUGGAUAA